UUAAUAGUGAUUAUGAGUAGUUUUUAUUUAAAUAGUUCAAAUAAAGAAAAACAAUGCAUGUAGAAGUUUUGCUUGUGAAUCCAUACUCUCAGCACCGUUAAAUGUUAAAACGUUUCAUCAGCUUGGAAUAGGCAACCUUUGAAGGGGAACUUGAUGUAAUUCAACCAGAAGGAAAGAACCACCAUAACUUUGACUCUCCGUAAAGAGGAAGCGGUAGCUUCCUGCUACUCUUCCCCUGCCAGAGAGGAAAAGAGGCUGUAGAGAUUCAUCAUCAACAACGUAAGCGUUGAACACGUGAAGAGAGAUGUCUAAGGAAGAAACAGCCGCGUCGACUUCGACGAUGAAGACGGCGUUGAGUGAAAACAUGCUGUUUGGGAUGGGAAAUCCCUUGUUGGACAUCUCAGCCGUGGUGGACAAAGAUUUCCUUGACAAGUUUGGACUGAAACCAAACGACCAGAUCUUGGCUGAAGACAAACACAAAGCCUUGUUUGAAGAAAUUGUCAAGAGAAACAAAGUUGAAUACCACGCCGGUGGCUCUACCCAGAACUCAGUGAAAAUCGCUCAGUGGAUGCUCCAGAAACCGCAUAAGGUGGCUACCUUCUUUGGGUGCAUCGGGAAGGACGACUUCGGCAAGAUCCUGAAGAAGAAGGCAGAGGAAGCUCAUGUCGAUGCCCAUUACUAUGAGCAGACCGAGGAGCCGACUGGAACCUGUGCAGCUUGCAUCACCGGAGAUAAUAGGUCCCUUGUUGCUAACCUGGCAGCGGCAAACUGCUACAAAAAGGAAAAACACCUGGACUUGGACAGCAACUGGGAGCUGGUGGAGAAAGCCAAGGUCUAUUAUAUUGCGGGGUUUUUCCUGACCGUUUCUCCAGAGUCGAUCCUUAAGGUGGCAAAGCAUGCUUCAGAAAACAACAAAAUCUUCUGCAUGAACCUCUCCGCACCGUUCAUCAGCCAAUUCUUUAAAGAACCCCUGAUGAAGGUGAUGCCAUACGUUGACAUCUUGUUUGGCAACGAAACGGAAGCGGCCACGUUUGCCAAAGAGCUGGGCUUUGAGACGGAUGACAUUGCAGUGAUCGCGCACAAGACCCAAAACCUCCCCAAGGAGAAUGCAAAGAGGCAGCGAUUGGUGGUCUUCACCCAGGGCAAGGACGACACCGUUGCGACUGUUGGUGAUAAAGUGACCAUGUUUCCCGUUUUGGACAUCGACCAAAAUGACAUUGUGGACACCAACGGAGCAGGAGACGCCUUUGUUGGAGGAUUCCUGUUUGCACUUGUCCAAGAGCAGUCAUUGGAGGAGUGCAUCCGGGCCGGACACUAUGCAGCCAACGUCAUCAUCAGACGGGUCGGAUGCACCUUCCCAGAGAAACCGGAUUUUCACUGAUUAAUCCGAUCUGUCAUUCCCACAAGAUGCUUACUGUACCGAUUUAUACUCUUCAGGGUUUUAUGUGCAUUUUUCUAUUUCCUCUGACUGACGUUUUGAAAACAACUGAUGCGGCUUGAUGGAUUUAUCCAGCCAUGACAAGCAACGGAGAUAUUAUAAUGCCAUUCAAACAAUGUACUAGCAUCGGACAUUGGAAAAUGUUCAUAGGAAAAGCCGCAUUCCAGCAGAAGCUGCCACUUGAGAAUCAACAACUGAAUACCUGAAUAGCUGAUAAGUUUGAAUCAGUAAUGUAGACACUGUCUUGGUCCACUGUCUUGGUCCAUUGUCCAUAAUUUUCAAGGAAUAGUUUGAAGGUAUUUCAUAAUAUAAUAUAAAUAUAUAGAAGAAAUUGAUCAAUAUCUGAGAAAUGCGUCAUAGUGUGGGGACAUCUCAAGUGUUUCUCAGCAGAGUUAUUCUAAAAGUGUGGUUUCUUGCUCCCUUAUCUGAGAGUUACAGCUAACUUGUGACCACAAAAUGCAAAUGAGCAAACAGCACUACAAUCCACUUCUCAACUGUUGCUCAGUAGUUUUGUGAACAGUUAUCAAUUUGCCAGUAGGCUGUUGGUGGCACUUCUGUCUUUGAGUUUUUGACUCACGAGGAGGUAAUAGCAAUGCAGAAGAGGUAUGUUUACAGCCCUAUCCGUAAUUAUUUCCCCCCUGGUGAAAAGUUGUAAAAACCGUCAGAAUAAAUGUAUUGCAGCAGCAUAAUGUCACACGUUUCUUUUCUUUUUUUUAAAAAAAAAUCAACCCUUAUUUUGUUAAAUUCGGUAUGUUAGUGACUGGUGACACAUUUUGGUGUCGGUUUGACUCUUGUUUUUUUUUGCUGACAGAUCCAAUGAUGAUAAACUUUCAGUUUGUCUGGAAGAAGCACGCCUAUAUUUCCAUUUAAAAUGUCUCAAUAAUUUAAGGAUUUCAUUUAUACCACCCACCCUGGUGUUUAAAACGAUUUAAACACCAGGGUAACAGGAAGUCAACUAAUUAAAAAUUAAAGGUGUACGUUUGGAAAAUAUUUCAGUUCAAUUGAUUUUAUAAAAAUGAUGACAUAAAUCAUUAAGUUUGUCACCGAUGCUUUUUUUUUUAAAAAAAACAGAUAUUUCCUAACUGGAUAUUUUUUCCUUGUUGAAUAAAUAUACUGAAAUUAAAGGUUGAGUUGUUCUUAAUUAUUUAGUGUAUACUUAUGCUGCUGCAAUAAAAACUUAAUUUAUUUUCGGGCUUUUUAAAGAUCUUUACUGUGUGUGCAUAAGUGCAGAGGGCCCUGUUGUGGUGUGAAUAAUGAAUGCAAGCUAGCACUGUACAAAGUGUCAUCAUUGACGCUUGCUGGUAAAGAAGUUUGUUAUUCAAUUUAAAAAAAAAUAUAUUCCCUUGAUUUGCAGUUUGGCUGCUGCAGACGUUAUUGAUAAAUUACGACUAUUGACUGCUUCCCAUUUCUUAUGGGGCACAAAUCAUCAUUUAGCAAUUUUUCUAAAAGUUGUGGAAGAGUGAAGACGUUAAAUUUUGGAACGCCAAACUUUGUCGCAGAGCGCCCCAAGAGCAAAAUAGUGAUUGCAGUGUCUCCAGUUUUAAGUUAAUCCAGUGAAGUGAAGACUUUUGUAGAGAGUCAUCCAGUGAUGAGGAGGAAGUCAAGAGAAAUGUUUGGAGCAGUAGCUUGGAUAUCUCACAAUCUGGCACCCCGCUAAAGGAUUUAAAAGCACGCUGUCCGAAGCCAAGUCUCCCUGCAAUUCUCCACAGUGGAGAAUUACUGCUUGUGACAAAAACUGUCAGACGUCUUAAUUUUCUCUGCACAUUCAGCCUAUGUUUUACUUAUGAGGGUUAAAUUACAACACAGUGAUGUGGUAAAAUAUCCGAGUUAUUCUAAUGAAACUGUUGGCGCACCACAGAAGAAGAGAAGAAGUCACAGUGGAAGCUAGUAGUGAUAGAAGCCACACAAAAAGUAGAGAACAUCUGCAGGAUGAAGAAUUAUCUUACCAGACAAACUUUAUGCUGACAAACUACACCCACAGUUUUUUUCUAUUGUGGUAUGACAGUGGUUUCUCUGUUCAGACUAUGGCAUGAACUGUGCUAUGUCUUCUUCCCUUAUGUUUGGGGCUUUUUAUUCAGUUAGAACCAAGAUUCUGAGUGUUGCGUAAUGCUAGGUGCAAAACAGCUGUUUUUGGUGUGUGAGGAAAAAAUCAUCUUUCACUUUAAUGGAAUUCACCCACUUUUUUUGUCAUGAUUAACUUUAUCUGUAUCUUUUUUCUUUUUUUUUUUUAAUCAAGAAACAUCACAAUCAAUAGUCAAUCUGACAGUGGUGUUUCAGAUGUGAGAUCGUCAUCCAAAAAUGGUAUCCAGGUGCAACAAUGGUUUUUAAAAUUUAUUUUCUUUCUUGGAAAAACAACAGAAGCCUCAUUAUGUGUCAUUUUCAUACUUUGCACAUUUGUAGAUUUUAUGGCUCUAAAAGACGAUGACAUUUUCCCUUUCAGAAACAACAAAACCAAACUGGAAGUAAUUGUUUUGUUUGUACAGAAACAAGAAAAACCACAUUAGUCUUUUCCUGACCAGCACAAAGUCAGAUUUAAUAUUGAUUUCUUAAACAAACAGGUGAACUCACCUGAAAUAUACCAUACAACGCACAGAUAAUUUGUAAAGUUCCUUUAUUUCACUUAAUCAGCAAGGUAUCCCCACUCUGACAUCCUGGUCAUUGUACCCUGGAACUGCUCGAGUCACCCAGCCUCCCCCAUCACUCCCAUGGCUAGUUAGGAGUGAACUGGACUCUGUGUCUGCAGGGCAGCAGGAGAUCAUUUUUCUCAGUUUAAGGGAUUAGUGGUUGCUCUUCGCCACGACCAUUAAAGGGACCUGAAAAUUAGCCUGAUCCUUCGUACCCAGCUGUGCCGUCGCUGGGGGUUGGAGACAGGGAUCAGAGGGAGCAAUCCCCCCCAGCCCCCACCACCACCAUCCGCCGACAGAAACUGUUGAGCAGUGUCUCAACUGUUUGAAAUAAUUCAACAUUCUCAUCUGUUCCACUGUGAAGUGUGAGAAUAACCGUUUUUUUUACUCCUAUUGAACUACUUGUUACAUCCUGUAUCUUUUUUUUUUUUUUUUUUGCCUUUGCAUACAUAUUAACCCAGAUCAUAUAGGUUAAAAAGAACUUUCUCUUGCCAAAGUGUUACUAACAACUGAUUCUUUUUUAAUCAAACAUUUUUUUUUUAAAGCAUUUCCACAGAUGCGCUUUGAAAAGGUCCACCAUUCUGAUUGGACAAGACUCCAUGGCAGCUGGUUCAUUUGCUUCUCAAGAUGACAGAUGGCAAAACACAAACACAAAAAGAGAGAGAGCCAUGAUUAAGUAAUGAGGAUGCCUGCCACAAUGAAGGAAACUACUUUUCUCACUUUCUCCAACAAACUUUGGCCCUGCUCAGUGCACACAGAUGAAAAA